AUGGGCCAAUCAUCUUCCAUCGCUGAUUAUCCAACCAACCGAUUUUUAAUCUCACCCGAACCCUCAGACGAAAUCAAAAUGGAUCCUCUUAUAGACUACACGGAGGACAUACCAGACGAAUGUUUAGCUUGCAUCUUCCAACUCCUCAACGCCGGUGACCGCAAACGCUCCUCCCUUGUCUGCAAACGAUGGCUCCGCGUCGAUGGUCAAAGCCGCCGCCGCCUUUCUCUGAAUGCGCAAUCAGAGAUUUAUUCUUAUAUACCUUUAAUUUUUACUCGAUUCGAUUCGGUUGCUAAACUCUCUCUCCGCUGUGACCGGAAAUUCGUUAGCUUAAACGACGACGCGUUGCUAAUGAUUUCUAUCCGGUGCCAGAAUCUCACGCGACUCAAGCUCCGUGGAUGCCGUGAGGUGACUGAGUUAGGUAUGGCUAAUUUUGCUCAAAAUUGUAAGAACUUGACGAAAUUUUCGUGCGGUUCGUGCAAUUUUGGGGUUAAAGGACUUAAUUGGAUGUUAAAGUAUUGUACUACUCUUGAGGAGUUGACUAUUAAGCGGCUUAGAAGUGUCAAUGAUGGGAACGAUAUGAUCGUUCCCGGCUCAGCUGCAGCAAGUUUAAAAUCGAUUUGUUUGAAGGAGUUAGUUAAUGGCCAAUGCUUUGAACCGCUUGUGGUUGAAUGUAAGAAGCUUAAGACGUUGAAAGUGAUUCGUUGUUUAGGCGAUUGGGAUAAUGUGCUUGUAAAACUUGGGAAUGGAAAUGGGUUUUUGAAUGACCUUCAUUUAGAAAGGUUACAAGUGAGUGAUAUUGGACUUGGAGCGAUAUCGAAAUGUGUAAAUAUAGAUAGUUUGCAUAUUGUGAAGAAUCCUGAGUGUUCGGAUUUGGGGCUUGUUUCUGUGGCCGAGAAUUGCAAGAAGUUGAGGAAGCUUCAUAUUGAUGGGUGGAAGAUUAAUCGGAUUGGAGAUGAGGGUUUAAUCGCAGUAGCGAAGCAGUGUCCAGAUUUACAAGAGCUUGUUUUGAUUGGUGUUCAUGUUACCCAUUUGGGUAUGGCGGCAAUUGCUUCUAAUUGUCGGAGAUUGGAGCGAUUGGCGUUAUGUGGUAGUGGAGCUAUUGGUGAUGCGGAGAUUGCUUGCAUUGCAGCGAAAUGUGUGGAAUUAAAAAAGCUCUGUAUCAAGGGUUGUGCUAUUUCUGAUAUUGCAAUUGAAGCACUUGCUUGGGGAUGUCCGAAUUUGGUUAAGGUUAAGGUCAAGAAAUGCAGAGGAGUUAGCAGUGAAGUUGUGAAUUGGUUGUCGAGGCGCAAAGGGUCACUUGUUGUUAGUUUUGAUGCUGUUGAAAGUGAAGGGUUGGAUGCCAGUGGUAGUGAUCUUGGAGGUCAAGAAAGUGGCGUGGAAUUUCCGGUGAUGGGUGGCCAAGUAGUUGUUGGGGAUGGCCCUUCAGUUAGUACUGGGAGAUUGGCAUUGUUUAGGGCAAAGUUAGGGCUUUUUGCCAGUAGGAAUUUAGUGCCCUGUGCCUUCUACAGGUCGUCAAAGCAUGGGGAUAGCUCAGAUAGCAGUCUGUGA